CCGGCCUAAUGAUCCAAGCCACCUCAAAUACUAGAGACCUCAUCACCACUUCCCCCUCCAACCCAAAGAAACAACAGAAAACAAAAACAAAAAUAAAAAAUACGAAAAAAAAAGAAAGAAAAAGGGAAAGAGAAAGAGAAAGAGAAAGAGAAAGAUCUAUCUCUAAUAAUUCCACUUUGUUAAUCUUCAUCUAUAGUGUCCUCCAAUGGGACGGUCUCCGUGCUGUGAGAAAGCUCACACCAACAAAGGAGCCUGGACCAAAGAAGAAGAUGAUCGCCUCAUCUCUUACAUCCGAUCCCACGGCGAGGGCUGCUGGCGGUCUCUUCCCAAGGCCGCCGGCCUCCUCCGCUGCGGCAAGAGCUGCCGCCUCCGUUGGAUCAAUUACCUCCGACCCGACCUCAAACGCGGCAAUUUCACUGAAGAAGAAGACGAGCUCAUCAUUAAACUCCACAGCCUCCUCGGCAACAAAUGGUCGCUUAUAGCGGGAAGAUUACCAGGAAGAACGGACAAUGAGAUAAAAAAUUACUGGAAUACCCACAUAAGGAGAAAGCUCAUGAACAGAGGCAUCGAUCCGGCGACUCACCGGCUGAUCAACGAGCCGGCGCCUGCAGCCACCGAUGCCACCACAACCAUAUCUUUUGCUACUGCCAAAGAAGAAGAGAAAGUCAUAACAACUAGUGGUGGGUUUAAUUGUCCAGACUUGAAUCUUGAGCUGAGAAUUAGUCCUCCAUACCAACACGAGCUUGAACCAGUAAAGAUUGGAAGUGGUACUGUUUGUUUUUCAUGCAGUUUGGGGAUACAAAACAGUAAAGGAUGUAGUUGUAGCAAUGGUGGUAGUAGCAGCAGCAAUAGUACUGGUUCUGCUUAUGAUUUUCUAGGGUUGAAAAGUGGUGUUUUGGAUUACAGAAGCUUGGAGAUGAAAUGAUGUCUGAAAUGGGGUUUUUUUUUUUUUUUUGGAAUUAUGCAUUAGUUAGAGGAAUUUGGGCAAGAGAUUGUUAUUAGGUUAAAAUCUCUCUAAUUUUUCUCUUGCUUGUACUAUUACUAGUAAUGCAUAAUAUUAAUAGUUCAAGUACAGUUGACAAAUUUGGAUAUUCA